AUGGCAGUCUCCGCCUCGAUCAAACUGUACGACGCUGCGAAAACGACCGUCCGCAGCUUCGACCAUUUCACCGCGCGCGACACCGGCAUCCCAGGCGAGAUCCGCCACGAACUGGCCCUGUUCGCCGCCAGCGCCGAGGGCGUUCUCUCCUCCCUAGCCCGCAGCCACGUCGCCGAUGACGACGUGGAAACCGUCCUCCUCCUCAACACAGCCAGAGGCGCCGUCUCCUGUCUCGAGCGCGGGUUGCAGGCCGUGUACGCGCGCAGCAGGGGGAGACUGUUCGGGUGCGACGAGGCUUUUGCGCGCUUACUGGAUGAUCAGUCUGUGGAGGUCCUUCGGCGCGGCGUGAGGCGUGAGACGGCCGCUCUACAGCUGCAGAUCGCUUUGUUGGACGAGGUGACCGAUAACAGAGACACGGUGCCUCGCCAGGGUCUUUCUCUUACCGACGAGCUCGACGAUCUCGAUGCUCUGCCGUCUUACGAAGAGGCUACAAGGGGGGGAGAAGAGGAAGAAGAAGAAGAAGAAGAAGGAGAAGAGUUCUAUCAUGCUAUCCCGGAACGGCCGGUGGAAAUGUGCUCCUCACAGAUGGUCUGGGAAGAAAAAGGGUACCGCUGUUAUGCCUGUGCAUAUCAUUCUCCGACCUACAAGGGAUUCGAACGCCCGCAUCAGAAAGUACCUUGA